GCGGAGCAGGCGGCAUUUGCGGCCGGCGCCGGGGUGGAGAGUUGUGCGCCGGUCCCUGGGCCUGAGCUCGGGCUCGGGCUCGGGCGCCUGCGAUGUCUCAAGAUGGCGGAGCUGGGCGAAUUAAAGCACAUGGUGAUGAGUUUCCGGGUGUCUGAGCUCCAGGUGCUCCUCGGCUUUGCUGGCCGGAACAAGAGUGGACGGAAGCACGAGCUCCUGGCUAAGGCCCUACACCUCCUCAAGUCCAGCUGCGCCCCCAGCGUCCAAAUGAAGAUCAAAGAGCUUUACCGCCGCCGCUUCCCCCGGAAGACCCUGGGGCCCUCAGAUCUCUCCCUGCUCUCUCUGCCCCCUGGCACCCCUCCUGUAGGCUCCCCUGGUCCUCUAGCUCCCAUCCCCCCAGCCCUCUUGGCCCCUGGCACGCUGCUGGGCCCCAAGCGUGAAGUGGACGUGCACCCCCCUCUGCCCCAGCCUGUGCACCCUGAUGUCACCAUGAAGCCAUUGCCCUUCUAUGAAGUCUAUGGGGAGCUCAUCCGGCCCACCACCCUCGCAUCCAACUCUAGCCAGCGGUUUGAGGAAGCGCACUUUACCUUUGCCCUCACUCCCCAGCAAGUGCAGCAGAUUCUCACAUCCAGAGAGGUUCUGCCAGGAGCCAAAUGCGAUUAUACCAUACAGGUGCAGCUCAGGUUCUGUCUCUGUGAGACCAGCUGCCCCCAGGAGGAUUAUUUUCCCCCCAACCUCUUUGUCAAGGUCAAUGGGAAACUGUGCCCCCUGCCGGGUUACCUUCCCCCGACCAAGAACGGGGCUGAGCCCAAGCGGCCCAGCCGCCCCGUCAACAUCACCCCCCUGGCUCGACUCUCGGCCACUGUUCCCAACACCAUCGUGGUCAACUGGUCAUCAGAGUUUGGACGGAAUUACUCCUUGUCUGUGUACCUGGUGAGGCAGUUGACUGCAGGGACCCUUCUACAAAAACUCAGGGCAAAGGGCAUCCGGAACCCAGACCACUCCCGGGCACUGAUCAAGGAGAAACUGACCGCUGACCCAGACAGUGAGGUGGCCACUACAAGUCUCCGGGUGUCACUCAUGUGUCCGCUGGGGAAGAUGCGCCUGACGGUCCCUUGUCGUGCCCUCACCUGUGCCCACCUGCAGAGCUUCGAUGCUGCCCUUUAUCUACAGAUGAAUGAGAAGAAGCCAACGUGGACAUGUCCUGUGUGCGACAAGAAGGCUCCUUACGAAUCUCUUAUCAUUGAUGGUUUAUUCAUGGAGAUUCUUAAUUCCUGUUCGGAUUGUGAUGAGAUCCAGUUCAUGGAAGAUGGCUCCUGGUGCCCAAUGAAACCCAAGAAGGAGGCAUCUGAGGUUUGCCCCCCGCCAGGGUAUGGGCUGGAUGGCCUCCAGUACAGCCCAGUCCAAGAGGGCAAUCCGUCAGAGAAUAAGAAGAAGGUUGAAGUUAUCGACUUGACAAUAGAAAGCUCGUCAGACGAGGAGGACCUGCCCCCGACCAAGAAGCACUGCCCUGUCACUUCAGCUGCCAUCCCGGCCCUACCUGGAAGCAAAGGAGUACUGACAUCUGGUCACCAGCCAUCUUCGGUGCUACGGAGCCCUGCUAUGGGCACGCUGGGCGGGGACUUCCUGUCCAGUCUGCCCCUACACGAGUACCCACCUGCCUUCCCACUGGGGGCCGACAUCCAAGGUUUAGAUUUAUUUUCUUUCCUUCAGACUGAGAGUCAGCACUAUGGUCCCUCCGUCAUCACCUCGCUAGAUGAACAGGAUGCCCUUGGCCAUUUCUUCCAGUACCGAGGGACCCCUUCCCACUUCCUGGGCCCACUGGCCCCCACACUGGGGAGCUCGCACCGCAGCACCACUCCAGCACCCCCUCCUGGCCGUGUCAGUAGUAUUGUGGCUCCUGGGGGGGCCUUGAGGGAGGGGCACGGAGGACCCCUGCCCUCAGGUCCCUCUUUGACUGGCUGCCGGUCAGACAUCAUUUCCCUGGACUGAGUCCCCUGGAUUGUGGAACCUUUGCUGUCUCCCAGUGCUGAGCAAGUAUGCUGCGGCGUCCGGACCCCUGGCCACUCUGUCUUCUUGGGGGGGCUUUGGCCAAAGCCAGGAAGACCUUCAUGGACACUUGUUUUUGGCCUCAUCUCUGCCUGACGAGGCCAGCACCCAAAGGACUAAUAUUUAACCUCUUUUUAAGGACAUUUGGGGUCUAUUUUUGGAAAUGGUCUUUAGAUGGCUGGCACAUUCCUUUGGGGAUGUUAACCCCGGCAGUGAGAGGCAGAUGGGGUGGGAUGUGAGUUGGGGGAAGGGCUGAAUCCUCAGCUUUGACUGUCUAGAACCUCGUGGGGAAGGGGCCCCUCCCUUGUCCCCCAGAUGCCCUCUCUUCCCAUUCCCCCAACGCACGGCUCGGUUCCUUCCCCACAGCCAUUGUUUCUUCGUGUCCAUUCCAUUUUCUUUGGCCAAACAGACAGGUGGAGAAACAGAUAGGCAGACACAUGGACAGAGAACUCUAUUUUGGGUUGCAGAUUUUUUGUACAUAAAGAAGAAAAACCAAAAUACAUCCAAAGAUGACUUCCCCUGCCUCCUACUUCCCAGUAUGACUGAGGAGGAGAUAAGGCCUUAGCCCUGGUCCCCAGGGGUUUGGGAGCAGGGCCUGGCCUGUUGCCUGGGGCUCUCUCUAUUUAUAUAUUUAAGUUCACCACGUUUCUUAGGCCGACCAGCCCAGGGCCUGAGCUUCUAAAGGCCCAUGGCCCUGUGGGUAGGUCUGGCUCAUUCUGCACCUUUCCUGGGAGAUAGGAGGACACUUGUGCUCUCCCCAAUCUCCUUUUUCGGCUCCCCCAGGGCCUGGGACCUCUGUUGUAAUUUUACUUUUGAUUCCCAAAGGUGUAGCAAAGUUCUUACCCAUAAUAAAGGUUGUGAAUGUUC